AUGAAGCAGGCUUCAUUGUGGAUGAGACAAAUGCCUUGGUCUAUGUGUCGCGUCAGGAGGAGCAACGGAAGGAAGGUUGCCAUUCGGAAGAAGCCUAGCGUCAAUGCGCAUGUCUUGGGUGCCUUUGAGUACGGGCAGCGGCUUGUGCUUUUUGAAGCGGACGAAACUGGCACCUGGCGGAAGCUCCAUUUCCGUUUACGUGGAGGCCAUGGUGGCCUGGUGGAGGCUUGGGUCAUGCUACAACAUCCGCAACUUGGGGUGCUAGUAUCGCGCGAUGUUGAGGAGCUGCAAGCUGCACCAUCCCCACCACAAACCAACCCAGUGCUGGAUAUCCCCGAGGAAGUAGACCAAGCCGCCCACUUGGCAGCGCUGGCAGCAGAGUUCGGGGAGCGUCUUCAGCUUGUGCAGGAGAAGGGCCUGCGGGAAUACGGAAUUCCCCAAGAGUUCAUGGAUGUUCGGGAGAGCUUCGAAGUGGUACGGAAGCCAAUGGUAGCAGUAAGAAGCCAGCCGAGCACAGAUGGCCUGAUCGUGUUCUCAGUCGAAUUUGGCCAGCAUGUGGACACCUUCGGUGCAGAUGAUUCAGGGCAAUGGCGGAGAGUCUAUUGCCAAUGCACCAAGGCUGCGAAGCAGGAUGUGCCCUUACCUCGAGAUCCAGUACAAGCCUGGAUCAUGAUUCAGCAUCCGUCAUUGGGGCAAUUGCUGAGGCAUCUUGAGUGA